AUGUCCAUCACAAAUAAGAGUGUAGUAACAGAAUUCAUUCUCCUGGGCCUUACAGAUAGCCCCGAACUCCAACCUCUCCUCUUUGUGCUGUUUCUGGGUGUGUACCUCACCACCCUCUUAGGCAACCUGGGCCUGAUAUUAUUGAUCAGGCUGGACUCUCACCUUCACACGCCCAUGUACUUCUUCCUCACUAAUUUGGCCUUUGUAGACUUGUGCUACACCUCAAAUGCCACCCCGCAGAUGUUGAGUAAUUUCUUGUCAGAGAAGAAGACCAUCACCUUUGCUGGCUGCUUUACACAGUGUUACAUUUUCAUCGCACUUCUCCUCACUGAGUUUUACAUGCUGGCAGCAAUGGCCUAUGACCGCUAUGUGGCCAUAUGUAACCCUUUGCACUAUAGUAUGAAAAUGUCCAGGCGUGUUUGCAUCUGCUUGGCCACAUUUCCUUAUGUCUACGGCUUCUCAGAUGGGCUUUUGCAGGCCAUCCUGACCUUCCGCUUGAGCUUCUGUAGAUCCAAUGUCAUCAACCACUUCUACUGUGCUGACCCACCACUCAUUAAGCUUUCUUGCUCCGAUACUUAUGUCAAAGAGCAUGCCAUGCUCAUAUCAGCUGGCUUCAACCUCUCCAACUCCCUCAGCAUCAUCCUGGUGUCCUACACCUUCAUUAUUGCUGCCAUCCUCCGGAUCAAAUCAGCAGAGGGAAGGCACAAGGCAUUCUCCACCUGUGGUUCCCACAUGAUGGCUGUGACCCUGUUUUAUGGGACACUCUUCUGCAUGUAUGUAAGACCACCUACAGACAAGACUGUCGAGGAAUCCAAAAUCAUAGCUGUCUUCUACACCUUUGUAAGUCCGCUGCUUAAUCCACUGAUAUACAGUCUACGGAACAAAGAUGUAAAGCGAGCCUUGAAGAAUGUUUUCAGAAGAAAUAUGGUCACUAAGAUGGAACUGCCUCCAGUUUCUGGUAAAUCAUAA